AUAAAAAUCGGAGCGCAACAGUGCAACAAAAUAUUCUGUACUUUAAGGCCAUAGGCAGACAGAUGUUGACAAGGAAGACUCUUCUAAAACCACCUUCAGAUAGAUUUCUGCUAACUGCACAUAUAAAUAGGAGCAGAGGGCCGGUCACCUCUGUAACCACCGGCAGCACCAGCAGCAGAAGCCGCAGCUUCAGACGCAGCCAGGGGGACCUCACAGCAGAGAAGGCGCUGCCGACUUGCACAACUGCCUGACCAGGCGGUUGCAACAGACGCCUGCCGAGCCCGGGGCCCUCCCUCUUCCUUCUCUACUUCUUUGACUUUACCUCUUUUCCUUAAUCACUUAGUUCUUUCUCCUGGUGGACUUAGACCCCUUUGUCUCCAACCCCCACUUCAGCUCCUCGCCUCCUCUUUCUUCCUUCCCCAUCUCUCUCCUCGCCCCCUUGCCUCGGUGUCACGCUUCCUCCUAGUUCCGUGCGUCUGCAAACUUUUGAACAGAAUACUGGCCUCAGCAAACAAGUCCUCCAGCUCCUCCUGCUGCUCCUGCUCUUUCCUGCGGCUUCUCAGACACUAACGCCAGACGGUGAUGCCUCUUGGGUUGUGACUCCAGCGCAGAAACUUGGAGGAGCCCUUUGCCCGCCGUCCUACUUGGCAACAAACCCUCUCCUAGCAGUGGUAAGAGUUGAAUGAAUGGCCAUGUGUAGCGGAGCGAGGCUGGCCCUCCUAGUCUAUGGGAUAAUAAUGCACAGCAGUGUCUACUGCUCACCUGCCGCUGCAGGACUCCGGUUCCCUGGAAUCAGGCCGGAGGACGAGGUGUACGACGAGGACGGAAACCCGCUGCAGGACUUCUAUGACUCCGACCCUCCUGGCCUCGGAAGCCCCGCCUCCGCGCUGCGCGACGCCUACGCGCUCUACUACCCGGCUGAGAAGAGAGAUGUCGCCCAAGGGAUCCUUAACAAGGCCUACCGCAAAGUACUGGACCAGCUGUCCGCCAGGAAAUACCUGCAGACACUCAUGGCCAAGGGCCUGGGUGGGAGCCUAGGCGGCGGCGCAGAGGACGACUCGGAGCCUCUCUCCAAGCGCCACUCAGACGGAAUCUUCACCGACAGCUACAGUCGCUACCGGAAACAAAUGGCUGUCAAGAAAUACUUGGCGGCCGUCCUAGGGAAAAGGUAUAAACAAAGGGUUAAAAACAAAGGACGCCGAAUAGCGUAUUUGUAGCGAUGAGUUAUCAGCUACCUUGUGUAUACAAUCCUGACACAAUGAAAAGUCACUUUCCCAACUGACUGAACAGUCAUCGCUCAUGUGUUCUAUCCAAACAUGUAUUUAUGUAUGAAGUAAAGCCAUUAAAUGAAUAUUUUGAUAAUAAUAUUGUUUUUUUCUUUUUACAAAGCACUAGAGAAUGCACAGAUAUACUUUGUGGACCAAUUAUUAAUAUAUAUAUAUAUUACAAAUAUAUAUAUUACGAAUAUAUAUAGGUAUAAAAGACAGCAGUUCAUACAGAGUGUGCACAAGGAUUGAAAAUUUGCCUGAGCUGUUUAUGUUUUUAUAUAAAAUAAGUAGAAAAAUAGACAAUCAUUGUUUUGAAUAUUACUCCUAUUUUUGUAAAAUGGAAUUAAAAGGAUAGUAUUUUUAUCCACGACAGGCCUGAAGAUAUUAAUACUGACCAUUUGCUACUGUACAUAAUGAUGCCCUGCUCCAGGGAGAUUUGGAGGUAAUGAUUUGGGAGAAUUGCUGAAGGGCAUUCUUUCCUAGAGAGUCUCUGGGGCAGGCUGCUACAGUCCCAGCUGAACUCAACUAGGACUGUCCCCUUUUGUCCCCUCGCUGGAUGGCGAUUCCAGUACUUCUGCUUUCUUUGAUUCUACUUUUAUGUGUACUUGUCUCUCUUCAGACUCUCAGCCCAGAAGGAAAUUCUCCUGAUAAAAACAACAGCUCAAUCCAAAUUGUGCUUCUCCCCAGAAUUCACACCACUCCCUGGGGGAAGUGUUGGUGGGUUGUACAGAAAAGGGAGACUUGGUAGAAAAAUCUCCCUUCUCUGUACUUGCAGGAAACUCGAUAUCCCAAGGUUAGGGCAAAUGGAACAGAGUGAAGGAAAUGUAGGUAUAUUGGAAGAGGCAGAGCAUAAGGCAGUCAGAGGAGGACCCUGGAGAGGGACUGGUUUGGAGCUGCCCCAGGUCUGGGACGCUGAGGGUAAGCUGAGUCCCACUGUAGGUCCCCUGCCUGACUGACUUUGGGCGCUGGAUAUUGGAAAUGGAUGCAAAGUACAAUGUGUUUUUCUCCAGUGCUGUCAAUACUUCUCAUCUUGUGAAAUGACCAGGAUGCUCCCCUUUGAACCCAGCUCUGUAGGAGUCACACUUUUCUUUUGUGAUUUUCUGAAGACUCUUUCUCACCCUCUUGCACUGUUGAAGUACCGUUUACAUUUUUCACUCACUUCUCUUAAACUUGUGAAUGCUUUUUGUUGUUUGAUGCAAGUACCUAUUGUAAAGUUUAGGAAUCCCUGUGUAGUUACCACUAAGUAAUUAUGCUCUAAAUAUGAACCCUUUGUUUCUUGUUUAUUGAGUUUGUAGGUAAAAUGUAUUUUUCUACAUUAUGGCUUAUUGCUUAGUAAAAUUUAUUUCAUAAAACCAACCUUUGUCAUAUUAGAAUGUGUAGUGUUCACAUUUUGCUCAGUUUUACUAACUGAUAAAUCAUUUAAACCUCAUCUUCAUAUAUAUGAGUACUAUCUUAUAUUUGUGGUCAAGAGUGAGGUAAGCAAGCUCCAACAGACCCUGAGAACCUCCCCCUUGUAUCCUUUCUUGGCUACAGAAGGCAUGUCUGUCUGUUUCCUAUCAAUUCCUUGAACAUGUGAGUAAUCUCUAUAAACAAAAGAACCUACACCCAGCAACCAGAUCAAGCUACAACAGGCAAACCAGCCAAACUCCCCAAAUUCAGGCACAGAUUCUUUUGGAGAAAAAGAAAAAGAGAACAAGAAAAGAUUAAACAUUAGCUUGUAAAGUUUAAAGGACCUUUCCUUUUCCUUUACGGAUUUGAUUCGGUAUGAAGUCAUAAAUCAAAGAAAACAGAAUUGGAUUUGCAUUCCCAGGCGGGAUGGAUACUGCCAGGAGAUCACAUUGCAAACAGUGAAAGCAUAGAGGCAUUCGAUCUAUGCCUGAGUCCUGUGUAUGGGAUCAAUCUUUCUUUAAUUCUGCAGUCUCCUCAGGCAAUGUGACACGGGAUGCAGUUUGCAGCUUUAGUGCCUUUCUUCGCCUUUUAAAUCGCCACGAAUCACAGAUGGCUAUUUAGUGGCCCUACAAUGCUGCAACACAUCGGCUUGCAUUUUAGUCUUAAUUAUUUGUUUCUUGGAUAAUGGGCAGAGUUUUCUGUAUUUGUGUCAGCUGUUAGUGGUGAAAUAGGGCUCUAGUUAACCUUUUAUUUAUGAAGUUUAAUUUAGUGUUCCUGUGGCUAGUUGCAAGCAUUUACAGUGAUCACCCAGUUUAAUCUUUUGUAUACUUUUUAGAAAUGCCAAGAGCCUUACUAACCUGGAGCAGAUUUAUGAUAUAGUGAUAAUUUAGGUAGGUGUUAGUCUUGGAGCUCUUAUUUUGUGUGCAACUGAUUAUAAAAAACAUCUUAACCAAGUAUUAUUACACACAUGAUAUCUAUAACUAGGACUUUGAUAACUGUUAUAUAAAGUGUGUAAAAUUUGUAUGAAUAAAUUUUUGUAAACAAUGUAACUUCGUCUAAUGUUUGGAGAAAAAACACAUCUAGGAAAUAACUAAAAUCUUUUAAAGGAUUAUAUUUUCUUUAGCAAUCAUAAGAUCUUUCAUGUUGGGAAUAUAUAAGCUUCCAUGUAUUUUCAUAAACUGUACUUUAAUAUCUGCUUGCUGUGUUAACUGAAUUCAACUAAAAAUUUAAAGUAGCUACUCAGAUGGAGAUGCCUAAGAAGAUAGUAAAUUCAUAAAUAGGCAUGGGUGUUGGAACACUUCUAGGAUGCACCAUUUAGAUAAAUUUCCAUUGCUUAGUGUAUAUAUGCAUUGUGCCCAGUAUUCAGAAAGUUACUGUCCACUGGGGAAAUAAUACCUGGUUAUCAGUUAUGCUACUAAAAUAGCAAUAUAACAUGUUCUUUUACAAGUAAGUCUUCAGACUUAAUUGUUCUCGAUAAAAUUCUGCAUAAAAAUGACUUAAAUAAUCAGUUUUGGAAGUUUUAAAAUAUGUUUAGAGAUCUACAAACAACUAUUUUUGAUUAAUGUGCUUUGGGUGGAAGGAAAAAGAACAUGAGCAAGCAAAGAGUUAAUUAAAUACCUUUAAAAAUAUAUUUUGAAAGGACAAAAUGUGAACAGUCAUUUGUGGAUUCUUUGUUUUAUUAGUUUAUAUUACCUAACUUUAAAGCAAAGCCUUCAUAUGAAAUUCCCAUGAAUUUCUCACUUGUGUUUAUUUUGGGGCCUUUGAUGAUUUCUGGCUUAAAAAAAUGUAUUGAAAAUCAUUUAUAAUAAGUCAAAUACCAUUUAAUUUAAAUUGCCAGAGUUUCAUCUUAAAAAUUAAUGCAUUC